AUGGGAAUAGAACCUCGCAAAGCAGUUAGCUAUUUCGUUAGCGUUUCUCAGAAAUUUGAAAGUGCGUUGGCUAUCCCUUUGACAGAGAUGAACUUGUCGAAGGAAGUUCGUUUAGCUUGUAAGAUUGAUGAACUUGUCGAAGGAAGUCCGUUUAGCUUUCUGAUCAGCAGUGUUGCGAAGGGCGUUCCGCACCAGUCUGAUCAGCAGUGUUGCGAAGGGCGUCCCUCUUACACUGAUCAGCAGUGUUGCGAAGGGCGUCCCGCUUUCUUUUAG